AUGGACAAUCCACUGUUCGGCACCGCGCAUAUGCUUUAUGAAGUUGAUAAAAAAUUAAUGGUUCUGCUGCACGAUGGACGAACGCUGAUCGGUUACCUGCGAAGUGUGGAUCAGUUCGCUAAUCUGGUGCUACACCGUACCAUUGAGCGGAUACACGUCGGUAAUGAGUACGGUGAUAUACAGCGCGGUGUGGUGAUCAUCCGCGGUGAAAAUGUGGUACUGCUGGGAGAAAUUGACCGCGAGAAAGAAAGUAACUUGCCGCUGAGAGAAAUCUCCGUCGACGAUAUUCUGGAUGCACAGCGGCGCGAACAGGAGGCCAGACAGGAAAAGCAUCGACUGGUGGCGAAAGCACUGAAGGAGCGAGGGUUGAACAUGAAUUCCGAGAUGGCUCAGGACGAGUUUUAG